CAAUCAGGAUUGCAUUUAAAAAAAAAUAAGCACAAAGUGAUUUAUUAGACAGAGGGAUGAUUUUAAAAUCUGAUUAAAAAGAAUUAAUGGAAACAAAAGAAAAGUACUUUAACAGUACUACUUUGUCAGUAUUUUGGGGAGUGACAGUAAGGGGAAGUUGUAAUGGCAUUACGGUAUGACAAGCCACACCAAUCAACCAGUUCCUUAACGCAUCUUGAGUGAAGCAGUCAGAGAUUUAAACACAGAGGGAUAAAGACAUACAGAGGAAAAGAAGAUGCUCUUUAUAGCCCUUUUUCUGGGCAUCAUGCUCUGUACAGCUGAAGAACGUAGCCCUCCAGUGAUCAAGCUUGACUCUGUGGUGCUGAAGGAGGCUGAGAUCACUCUGCCUGUCAGUUCGUCUCUCAGUUUGACCUGUGAUGGAGACAGCAAAAUCACCUGGUCCACCACAUCAUUCAAACUCAUGAGGAAUACUAAACUGCAGAGUGUGAUAGAAAUCAAGCAACUCACAGCAGACUACACUGGCACAUACAAGUGUGCAUAUGAGAACCAACCAAACCUCACCUCAGAGGUCCACAUCUAUGUGAUCGAUCCCAAAAAACCUUGGGUGACCCCUCGCAACCUGAGAGAUGUGAAAGAGGGCAGUGAGCUUCUCUUGUGUCAGGUGACAGACCCCAGUGCCACAGACCUGUCCCUCCAUAUGACCAACGGACACCCUACACCCCCCGACAUGCAGUACACCGUCCUCCCUAGGAGGGGGAUCCUAAUCAGACACCUUCUUGCCAGACACAGCGCAGACUACAUCUGCAGUGCAAAUAUCAAUGGGGUCAAGAACCAUUCAGAAAAGGUCACCGUCACCGUUAUUGAAAGGUUGCGUUUUCCACCUUCGGUGUUCCUUGAGGUAGAUGGGAAUGUACGUAUUGUUGGAGAGAAGCUGCAAAUCACUUGCUUCACAAGCAACCCUGACCACUUCUACAACCAUACCUGGAAACACUCUUACCACAAAGCAUUGAAUGUCUCAAAAAAAACUAUAUCAGAGGGCCAGAGUAAGCAGGUUCAAAUUACCAGCACCGUAACAAUCCCAGCUGUGGCCAUGUCUCACACAGGAAACUUCACAUGUAUAGCCAUUAAUGAGGCCGGGGCCAACAGCUCCACAACCUACCUGCAGGUUGUAGAUAAGCCUUACAUCAGGCUCAUACCCCACCUGUCUCCAAAUCUCUACCAAAAUGGUUCCUUAGUUGAAGUGAAAGAAGGGGAAAACCUUGAAAUAAACAUUCUGAUUGAAGCAUACCCCCAAAUCAAGGAGCAUUGGUGGGAUGUACCUGUGUCUCACAACAUGUCUACACAUGACAAGACAUGGGUCAUCCGUGACAGCAACAGGUACAAGUGCAGCCUUCUGGUACAGAGGGUGAGGUCUGAGGAUAGAGGUCAAUACACCCUGAACACUAGGAGUACCGGUCUCAAUGGGUCCAUCACCUUCAAUGUCCAAGUCUCCCAGAAGCCCAGCACAAUGCUCAUUCGGAAGAAUGCUUCCACCCUGACCUGCACUUCCUCCGGUUACCCAGCUCCCACAAUCCUCUGGUACCAGUGCCCAGGAAUACAAAACACUUGUGAUGGUAAUAACGAAACCAUAAAGGUUCAGCCUCUUCUCAACUGGCCCAUGGAUGUGCAGACAGGAGAAUUAGGGCCAAAUGAAGUGAAGAGUGAGCUGACCCUAAGUCCCUCUAGCUCGGAGUUCACAGUGGAGUGUGUGUCCAUUAACCCGGUCGGUGAAGAGCGGAAAACAUAUGUAUCAUAUGUUCCCCCUGCCAAUGUAUCCAAACACCCGAUAACCAAGCUGUUCACACCCACUCUAAUUGGAGCCACCAGCAUUGCAGCCAUUCUGUUGCUUCUACUUGUCAUCGUCCUUUACAAAUAUAAGCAGAAACCAAAAUAUGAAGUCCGGUGGAAAAUCAUUGAGACAAAUGAUGGGAAUAACUACACCUUUAUUGACCCUGUGCAACUUCCAUAUAACAAGAAGUGGGAGUUCCCCCGUGAUAAGCUGAAGCUCGGCCAGAUUCUGGGAGCAGGGGCUUUUGGGAAAGUAGUGGAGGCCACGGCCUAUGGUCUAGGCACUGAUGAGAACAAGACAACACGUGUGGCAGUCAAGAUGCUGAAGCCAAGUGCCCACUCUGAGGAAAAAGAAGCUCUGAUGUCAGAGCUGAAGAUCCUCAGUCACCUCGGAUGCCACGACAACAUAGUUAACCUGCUGGGGGCAUGUACACAAGGAGGCCCGAUGCUGAUGAUCACAGAGUACUGUAGUCAUGGCGACCUGCUGAACUUCCUGCGUGGCAAUGCUAAGCAAUUCCUGGACUCCAUCCUGAGCAGACCCGAGGUUUUCGAGAUUCCAGGGGCUACAGGGAUUCCAGCGGACAGCAUUCACUAUAAGAACACAUGUACCCAGGAGUGUCGUGGAAGGAGUGACAGUGGAAUCUCCAGCUCCACCUCAGACUACCAGGAAAUGCAUCCUGCACAGAGGCCUAAACAAUGCCUUAUGGGUUCCUUGUGUGACGAUCCAGAGAUAGAUAGCUGGUCAUUGGACAUAGAAGACUUGUUGAACUUCUCCUUCCAGGUGGCUCAGGGAAUGAACUUCCUGGCAUCCAAAAAUUGCAUUCACAGGGACGUGGCGGCUAGGAAUGUCCUCCUGACCGAAGGCCGUGUGGCUAAGAUCUGCGAUUUUGGGCUGGCUCGGGACAUUGACAAUGACUCCAGUUAUGUGGUAAAAGGAAAUGCCCGUCUUCCAGUGAAGUGGAUGGCUCCAGAGAGCAUCUUUGACUGCGUGUAUACUGCCCAGAGUGACGUCUGGUCCUACGGCAUACUGCUUUGGGAGAUUUUCUCUCUGGGUAAGAGCCCGUACCCUAAUGUUGUAGUGGACACUCGGUUCUACAAGAUGAUCAAAGAUGGAUGCCACAUGUCUCAGCCAGACUUUGCCCCUCCACAGAUAUACACCAUCAUGAAGAUGUGCUGGAACCUGGAACCAACAGUGCGUCCAACUUUUAAUACCAUCAGCCAUCUUAUCCAUAAUCUACUGUAUGGCCAACCAGACCAGACCUACAGGAAUGUGCAGGAAACAUCCCAACAGCAGGAGGAAGGAGAGCACUGUGACCGAGCUAAGAUUAGAGAGGAUAGAGAUCAGUCCCUGAGCCUGGUGGGAGAGGACCAGCCCCUGAUGAAAAAGAACAACUACCAGUUCUGCUAAGGGAACAUCAGUCCAUCCUCAAUGACUAGACACUGACAGUUGGAAUUCACAGAUCUAGAAGACAGAAUAGAUAAGUGCUGGGUGGACACACUGGUUGAUUCUCAGUUAACAGACCAUGAUGUCUGUGCCAUAUGGCAGCUCUUACAAAGUAGCAGUUACAAAAUGCCAGUAUGCGAUAACUAAUUCAACAGGAACUAAGCUUUUAUUUUUCAAACAGAAAAUGACAGUAAGCUCAGAAAUCUAUUAUUCAAAGACCGCCCUAUCCAAGAUUUGGUGUUGGAGUCUCCCAUCUGAUGUGAAUUUUUUUUUAGCAGCCUUUUGACGUCAGAAAGAAAGAGUUGCAGUUUCCAAUCAAGUUCUGCUUUUAAACACAAUACGAUUUGUUAGGGGGCAAAAAGAGCAUGUCUAAAUUGUACAACAAGCGUGAUACAAAUCAACUAAUUUUGCCACAAGGCAGAGAAAAAUUGCUAAGAAGCUAAUUUCCUGCAAGUUGCCAUGACAUAUGCUAUGCGACAGCCCCCAUAUAGGUUUUAUAAUUGUAAUUGUGUGCGUACUGUAUGUAAUGAAAAAUCUUGAAAUAUCAUAUAGCAACUUAUUUGUCUGAGGCUCGUUUAGCCCUGUAAACGUUCAAUUGGAUGGGCCUUAUAUAUGAUAAUUAAGUGAGAAUUACUAACAACAUCUAAAUCAAAGGGGGGACACCUAGAGGCAUAUGUUUUUCAGCCAUUAUUACUACAGCUGGGCUCAAACUGUUUUUAGGUGAUUCACUGACUAACAUUAAACAAUAUAAAAACUGUUGAUGCACAAAAUAACACCAGGUGCAUUAUACUACAUACUGUCAAUAGUAGACUUAGAACCUUUUAAGGGUAUCCAUUCUGAUGAGAAAGCUUUGGGAGAGUCAAUAAAUCCAUCCCCAAUUUCAGCAAUAUCAGCAUUUCAUCAUGUUGGACAAGCAAAAAUCUGUUAUUUUUGCUAUCAGGAAGUGCUGAAUUUGCCAUAAUUUCCUAAAAACUAAGAAAACAUAUAUUGCUUAAGCAGCCAGGCUAGCUACUUCUCCUGUAAAACUAUUUUGCAAUUCUGGAACUGAUGACACACCCUGUUAUACAUACAAAAACAAACCAUAAAAGUGAGCAUGACAUGAGUUGGUUAUUAAAAUGAUGAGUGACAAUAAACCCCAACGUUUAAUAUAUACUAUAAGGAUAAUAUAUAUGUACAUCCUUAUAUAUAUAAUAUACACUCACCUAAAGGAUUAUUAG